AUGCUGUGCGGCCGCUGGAGGAGCUGCCGACGCCGGCCAGAGGAGCCCUCGGUGCCCGCCCAGGUCGCGACGCCCGUCGCCCUCGCGCCCCCGGACGGCGGCAGCAGGAGGCCCGGGCUGCGGGCGCUGAAGAAGAUGGGCCUGACGGAGGACGAGGACGUGCGCGCUAUGCUGCGGGGCUCCCGGUUCUGCAAGAUCCGCUCGCGGACGUGGCACAAGGAGCGGCUGUACCGGCUGCAGGAGGACGGCCUGAGCGUGUGGUUCCAGCGGCGCAUCCCGCGCGCGCCGUCGCAGCACAUCUUCUUCGUGCAGCACAUCGAGGCGGUCCGUGAGGGCCACCAGUCCGAGGGCCUGCGGCGCUUCGGGGGCGCCUUCCCGCCGUCGCGCUGCCUCACCAUCGCCUUCAAGGGCCGCCGCAAGAACUUGGACUUGGCGGCGGCCACGGCCGAAGAGGCGCAGCGCUGGGUGCGUGGCCUGGCCAAGCUGCGCGCGCGUCUCGACGCCAUGAGCCAGCGCGAACGUCUCGACCACUGGAUCCACGCCUAUCUGCACCGGGCUGACUCCGACCAGGACAGCAAGAUGAGCUUCAAGGAGAUCAAGAGCCUGCUCAGAAUGGUGAACGUGGACAUGAAUGACAUGUAUGCCUACCGCCUCUUCAAGGAGUGCGACCACUCCAACAACGAACGGCUGGAGGGGGCUGAGAUUGAGGAGUUUCUGCGGCGGUUGCUGAAACGCCCUGAGCUGGAGGAGAUCUUCCAUCGGUACUCCGGCGAGGACCGCGUGCUGAGCGCCCCGGAGCUGCUGGAGUUCCUGGAGGACCAGAGCGAGGACGGUGCCACGCUGGCCCAUGCCCAGAAGCUCAUCCACACCUAUGAGCUCAACGAGACAGCCAAGCAGCAUGAACUCAUGACACUGGAUGGCUUCAUGAUGUACCUGUUGUCACCUGAAGGGGCUGCCCUGGACCUGGCCCACACAUGCGUGUUCCAGGACAUGGGCCAGCCCCUCUCCCACUAUUUCAUCUCCUCCUCACACAAUACAUACCUGACUGACUCUCAGAUCGGGGGGCUCAGCAGCACGGAGGCCUAUGUUAGGGCCUUUGCACAGGGCUGCCGCUGUGUGGAGCUAGACUGCUGGGAGGGGCCAGGAGGGGAGCCCAUCAUCUAUCAUGGCCACACCCUCACCUCCAAGAUCCUCUUCCGAGACGUGGUCCAGACUGUGCGUGACCACGCCUUCACUCUGUCCCCGUACCCUGUCAUCCUGUCCCUCGAGAACCACUGUGGGCUGGAGCAGCAGGCCGUCAUGGCCCACCAUCUUCGCACCAUCCUGGGAGACGCGCUGGUGACACAGGGGCUGGACACGCAGAACCCUGAAGAGUUGCCAUCCCCAGAGCAGCUGAAGGGCCGGGUCCUGGUGAAGGGGAAGAAGCUGCCAGCUGCUCGGAGCGAGGAUGGUCGAAUUCUAUCUGACCAGGAGGAGGAAGAGGAAGAGGAAGAAGAGGAGGUGGAGGCUGCAGAACAGAGGCGGCGGGCCAAGCAGAUCUCCCCUGAGCUGUCGGCCCUGGUCGUGUACUGCUGUGCCACCCGCCUGCGGACCCUGCGCCCCAACCCGGUGCCACCCCAGCCCUGCCAGGUCAGCUCCCUCAGCGAGCGCAAGGCCAAGAAGCUCAUCCGAGAGGCAGGGAACAGCUUCGUCAGGCACAAUGCCCACCAACUGACCCGUGUCUACCCACUGGGGCUGCGGAUGAACUCAGCCAACUACAGCCCCCAGGAGAUGUGGAACUCAGGCUGUCAGCUGGUGGCCUUGAACUUCCAGACGCCAGGCUAUGAGAUGGACCUCAAUGCCGGGCGCUUCCUCAUCAACGGGCAGUGCGGCUACGUCCUAAAACCCGCCUGCCUGCGGCAGCCGGACACAACCUUUGACCCUGAGUGCCCUGGGCCCCCCAGGACCACUCUCACUAUCCAGGUGCUGACAGCUCAGCAGCUGCCCAAGCUGAACACGGAGAAGCCGAACUCCAUCGUGGACCCCCUGGUGCGUGUUGAGGUCCACGGUGUGCCUGCAGACUGUGCUCGAAAGGAGACCAACUACGUGCUCAACAACGGCUUCAACCCCCGCUGGGGGCAGACCCUGCAGUUCCAGUUGCGGGCUCCGGAGCUGGCACUGGUCCGCUUCGUGGUGGAAGAUUACGACGUCACCUCCCCCAAUGACUUUGUGGGCCAGUUUACGCUGCCUCUCGACAGCCUGAAGCAAGGGUACCGCCACAUCCACCUGCUUUCCAAAGACGGGGCCUCACUGUCACCAGCCACGCUCUUCGUUCACAUCCGCAUCCAGCGCUUCUGAGGGUGGGACUGACCCAUGCUGGGGCUCCGUGGGCGCCAGGCUGCGUCCCGUGGCAGAGGCUCUCUCCCCCUAUGGAGCAGAGGGGUAGAGGUAGGCCCAGCCCCUCCAGCCUGCUCACUUUGCCCACUCUACUCUGGUCUCAGCGGGGUGCUGGGGACUGCUUUGGUCCCCCCUGAGAACAGGCCGUGACCCUGGAGCCUUGGGACGGCCCCAGCUCCUCCGAUUCUUGGCCCACUCCCUCCCUCAUUGUGGCUCAUGAAGAGCCAGGCCUGUUGCUGCCAGAUUUGGGGUGGACACGGGAGCCUUCAGCUCUUCUCUGCCCCCCGGGGGGCCUAGUCCAGCCCUCUUCUUGCCCCCAUCCCACCCCAG